AUGACUAAUUUCUGGCACCUUUGCCGGAAACCUCGGUACAUCAAAGAUGUUGACUUUUCGUUCGACAGGCGAUCCUCUCUAAAGAUUCUGAAACCUUUUGGCUUCUGCUGUUCGUACGACAACAUCGAUCCAUUGACCCGGUACGACAAACUGAGUUCGAUUCGUCAAGCUUCCUUGGAGUCCUUGACAAAGGAAAGUCCGACGUUGAAGUUUCGUACAGAAUGCAUCGAUCACGUCGACUUCGAGCAACUCAAGAUAGCAGCCAAGGCGAAAGAAUUAGCGAUCGGAGAUUACGAGCGUAAAGCUUUGAGAAGAGGCAGGCUGAACGCGCAGGAACGAAGAAAAUUGAAGUUCAAGAAACUGUUGAAACAGAGACGGAAGCUCAAUUUACAACGUAGCGGCAAGGCUAAGGAGGACGAAGACGACGAGGAAGACGACGGUGACUUCGAGGACUUACAAGAGAAAUGGAUGUCGGCUCUUCAGGAAGGGCCGAUAAAGUGGCACCUGGAAGACGAGAUCCAAGCGGGAAAGGACGUGUUCUGGGAAGAGAGGCAAAGGACGCACGACGAUACGGAGAAGAAGAACACAGAGAUCGGAAAGACAAGAGUACUGGCUUCGAACGACAAACAUUCCGAUCUGUAUCCUCGGUGGUACCAAGACUUUUCUCUCGAUCAAAUGAUGAACUUGAGGUUGCUGCAAUGCGUGAUGCAGAGAGAUCGCGAAGAGAGAGUAACGGGGCGUACUCAGAGAGCGGUCACAGCGAUUGGAAUCGUGUCUACGUUCUUCAAACUUUCACCGGAGGUCCUUAAAAAAUUACUGGAGACUACCCGCAAAGUGACCGACUUCCUGAGGGAAAUUUAUAAAAUGAUGACAGGAAAUUAUUUCGAGGACGAGGGAUACAAGUCGUUCUACGACUGCAACGAGAGGAUCGUCUUAACGGCCAUCGCAUUUACUUCCUUGCCCGAGGCCAUCGUCGAGCUCCACGAACGUUUGCCUCCUGUGGAAGAGGUAGAGAUACCUCCGAAACCCACACCGCCGACGAUACCGACGAGAGAGAGAAUGGAUUCGCCCUACAAAGAAGAGCUUUUCGUGCGACCGGACUGGGUGUCUUACGUUCAUCUGCUACAGAAAUGGCGGAUACAUCGACGUUCGCUCGCGAUACCACGAUCGAUAUUACCUCCCAAGGAUUGCAUCGUGAGCAGUUUCGAAGAGCCAGGCGACGAGCACUACGAACGGGAGGGCAAAAGAAUUGAGUCGUUCGUCGAAGGAAAACGGACGUCCGAUUCUCCCAGAAUCCCCAAAAAACGUCCGCGUAAUUAUGAUACGAGGGCCAAGGAGGACGAGAAUCCUCCUGGCGAUCGACCGGUCUCGCGCGUACCUAUCAAGAAGCGUGACGUCGAGGACAUGGGGAGAUCUAGAUCGAAGCAGAAAUUUAAGCGUUCGAGCAGAACCGAUCGGUCUCUUCCUCCCAACGACGGUUCGUACCUCGACGCGACGAAAAUGAAUAGUACGGGCGACGGGCUCCAACGACGCAGUUCUAAGCGACUGAGCGUGGUGUUGGAGGAGAAGGCUAGGAACGAUGAGGAAAAGACGAAGAUCGUGAAACGAAAAUUCAGCGGAUUGAACGUACCGCCUCUAUACGAGAAUACGCUAUUCGAUUUUGUUCUGAACGGAAUCAGCGAGAAACCGGGGCCGGUUGAGUACAAGAUCUGCGGAGUCCUACAGCCGCCGCAGCCGAACAAGAAAUCGUGGCUCGACGAGAAACACGCGCAUUACGUGAUAUCUGGCGCUUCGGAGGAGCCGCCGACUUGUCCCGUCACCUACGAGAUGACCGGAGUCGCCAACGUCACGCCGUCGAACAGCAACGAGAAAUUCUUCGGGGUACUGAAUCUCGGCGACGGACCCAAUAAGAUCUACCCGGAAGGGAGGAAACAUUUGUCCCGCCAGUGGCAGGAAUGGCUGCAGAACGUCGACGAGGAGUAUCGCAAAGUGGAGAGAGAGGCGAACAGAAUGAUAAAGGCUAUCGAGGCUAUAACGAAACUGGUGUUCCCGGAGCCUACCUGCGACAGCUGUUGCUCUUGCAGACAGACGAGGAAAUCGUACUUGAAAGCGAAGGAAACGAAGCUGCCUUACUUCGUGGUGGACACUGUGGUCGAGGACGAGAACAAGAAGAAAUACAUCGUAGGUUCGAUGGCAAUGCACUCUCCCGCGCCGACACCUCCGGAGUCCACGGUCAAUCUGCUGGACUAUAUAGCGUCGGAGGACGUGAUCAAGGACAACGUCGUGAUAAGCGGGGUGACCACCGAGACGGGCGAGACGCAGUACUUUAUCACGGGAUCGCAGAAGGAGAUGAUUCGCAUGCCGCGGCGAGUCAUAGAACGCUCGCCGCCCAGGCCGCCUAGGAACGUCCCACCGUGCGUGUGCGCCAUACAGCAGAUGUUCACCAAGGGUCUGACUCCGGAAUUGAGUCACGACAACAUCCCGUGGACGAAGGACGACGGUCUGUGCUUCGGGCACAAGUUCAGACCACAAGAAUCACCCGCCUAUUCCUGCAAAAUGUAUCCUGGGGAUAAGUCGUGCAGAAGAAGUCCGUUCAUGAACGCGUUGGUCAUGAUGCAGAAGAAGAAAGAAAGGGCGGAACGAGAGGCAGCGUUAAAGCUCGACUACGGGAAGGAGAAGAAUAUGUUCGGUAUCGCGGAAUUUCCGCCGUGCGGUGACGAGCACGGUAUGGGCGUCUGCGGUGCGCCCUGGGGCACCCUGCAUGUUCUGACUCCCGCGGAGUUGGCGGAACUCGAGAAAGAACGGAAAGAGAUACUCAGGGGACCUCCAUGUGGUACGAAACCCGGUCGAGCAGUCUGCGAAGGUCCGUUCGGAGAACGGGUGCCCGAAAGACCAGUGGAGAUCACUAUCAAGGAAGAGAUUCCGGGAGAAAUGGACGAGGAACUCGAGGAAGAAGAGGAAGAAGAAGAGGAAGAAGAGGAUCUCGUGGUCCAGCCACCGCCUCCGCCGAAGAAGGAGAAGAAGAGACUGCGCGGUGAUAAGUGUUACAUGAGUCCGGAAGCUAUAGAGAGCAGGAGGCAGAAAAUAGUGGAGAAAACGGUGAAGAAAUUUGUCCCGGAUCCUACUUAUCCUGGUUACGAUGACCCGUGGAAUAUAUAUCGCACGGCACCGACGGAGAAAGAGUCCGAAACCGAUUUCAAAACGUUGUUGAAGCUGAGCUCUCCGAGACCACCGGCGACGCCCGUACCAUCUGGAACGACAGUGGCAGGCGAAGAGAAGACGGUCGGACCGUCCAAGCGUGUUUCCGGGGACGUGAGAAAACAUGGCUCGAAGCAAGCGAAAAAAAGUUCUUCCGAUCAUGGGAGGAAACGUUCGUUGAAGGAAGCGAAGAAGAGCAAGUCUCGCUAUAGCACGUCGAAACGCAGGAGCGAAGAGAAGACGACUAAAUCUAGAUCUAAGAGAUCGGUCCACAGCAUCACGAGUAAGAGAUCAAUGAGUGGACAAAAGAGUAGCAAAAUGAUACCUUCGACGUACGAUGAGAAAGUGGAUCGAAAACACGCAGCGAGAUCGAAGGGCGAACGUGAUCAGAAUGUAGAUCGAAAGCGUGCGAAGAGGACCAGCCGGGAAGCGACGCCUAGCAUCGGUAAAUCCAGAGACGUUUCUUCUCGCAGAUUCGACGCUGGUAGCGAGCCGUCCGGUUCCCGUAGAGAAAUGUCUGGCUCUCCUGGACGCAGACCGAACCCCGGCAAGGAAUCGUCUUCUCCGCAUCGUGGCACGCGCAGCGCCGAUAGAAGAUCUGAACCUAAUACACGCGUGACGAGCCGUGAGAGAGACAAUCCCGAGAAGAAGAGGAGAGAAGAGAAGAAUCCGAGAUCGAAAACGAAGACGGUCGAGUCGGGGAAAAUAGAUUCUAAAAGAAAGAGAGCGAGGAAGUCGUCGGGAAGUUUGGGAAAGAAAGGAGGGAGACAUCAUCACAGAAGAAGGGACACCGACGACGAUUCGGAUCCCGAGACGUCUCUCAAGACAAAGAUCCAGGAGUUAAAGACCAUGCUCACGUCUUCCGAUCUUCAUCCUCGCGAUGUGAAACCAGCAGAAAUCCCGGAAGUAGGAACGACGAAAUGUUGUACAGAAUACGAGGACACGGAAUCCGAAGAGGAAACGAAAGUGGAGGAAGAAGCUGGGGAGGAAUUACCGCCCAAGGGUCCUUGCGGGUGGAAAACGAAGUCGGAACAGGAGUUGCCGGCAAAGAAAACGUUGGUCUAUCUGACCGAACCCGACUAUCCCCCGGAAACGGUGGACACGAGGACCGGAGGAAGGCCGUGUCGUUGCCGAGAGAUCCGAGCGACCAAGAAGAUAUUGAAAUAUGCGAUCGGGGGGCUUAUCGGUGGUAAGAAAGACGAAGUUGCUGGUGACAAGAAGAAGUUGCUCAGGAAGAAAAAGAAAGAGGAGGAAAAGACGCAAGUCAUAGAAGGUGCCCUUUAUUAUACUCCACCACCGAGUCCUCGGAACAGCGACGAAUACGUGCCCGAGUACGAUCUCUACGAGAAUCCGUAUGACAUGUGUCAGACUCGACGCAAACAUCAACAUAUCCGACUGCUGGAGAGGUACGCCACUCCUCAGAUAUCUGAGGGACGACCGGAGAAUAAAGAGACCUGCGGCUGCAACGAAUACGUCGACACGUACGGGAUUCGCACCACGGACGAAGAAGAGGAAAAGGCUGCGCAGGCGAGAGAGCUCGAGGCGACGAGAGAGACGCUGAUGAGCGCGAAGCCACCGAAGGAACGAUGGACCCUCGCGCUCAAAGACGUCGGGCUUCUGGAUUACUUUACCCGAUGCAGGGACAACAUGCCCUGCUGGCUAAAGUGCGCCAAGUUCGACGAAGUAGGCUGUCCUAUACCCCAGCGGAAGCUCAAGACCAAACGACCGGUCUGCGAGUGCAAGUACGAGAGGAAGAUCCUCGAGCACAGGGAAGAGAAAGUGAAGUACAAGGAGCGUCAGAAGCGGCUGAAGUCGCUGAAGAAACAACCGUUCGUGAACGUGCAGGAUAUCUCAAAACCGCUGGUACCCAAUACGAAGCUGAUGAUAUCGAACGUGAAAAGAAUUCCAAGGGACGACGAAUAUGUGGACGAUGUCAAAUACUGUAUAAGUGGAGUCGCCGAGAAUUAUACCCAUUUACCACCGAAACAAGUGGUAGCCGGUGUUCACAUGGCCACUCCUAUUCGCACCCCGGAAGCCAGCCAAGAAGAUAUACCAUGCGUCUGUCUGCAUCGGCACUGGUCACCUAUGAAGGAGCUUCCCGUCGGACCGUUGCCGAGACCAGAAGAGCUCGAGCUCGCCGAGAGGAAGCGCAGACAGCAGGCCGUGAUAGACGCUUACCGAAAGAUCUACGCUCCCGAGCCGGUGUAUCACACGCACGAGGAUCAUGGUUGCACGGAACCGUGCGGUGAGGAGCAGGAAACGGAGGACGGUGAACACGAGGAAGAGGACGACGCACAGACGUUCCAUCCGCAGAAGCAUAUCAGCCGGAGCAAGUUGACGGAUCAUUGGCAAAAACGAACGUCCGCUCGGGACGAUGGAAAGACGUUGCAUACGAAAACUGUCAGCAGGAGCAAGAUGACGGAUCAUCCGCGUAAAGAAACGCCCAGCAGAAGUAAAAUCACGGACGGGAGACACCGAGGUUCUCCGAGUAAAACGGACGUGAAAACAAAGUCCGAUAAAGCCAGAACAGGAGAUUCACCGAAAAUGGCCAAAGAAAUGAGUAGAGGAAAAAUGCAUAAAACGUUGGAAAGGAAAAAAAGAUCUGGCCAUGAGGAAGGUGACGGUGGGAAAGAAGAGGUCGAGGAGGAAGAAAAUGGAGAGGAGAGCGUCGAAGAAGAUGAUGUUCACGAUGAAUUCGUCGGGGGUUACUUGAUGGCCAUAGUAAAAGUCGAAUUGAAAAAAAUGGCAGCAGAAGGAUAUUUGUUCGCGCAGUUACCAAAAUGUUUCCUACUGCCACAGUUGCGUUAUUGGCUGAUGUACAGAAAAGGAUUUGUACUCAGCGAAACCGAUAAGCGUAAGCAUCUACGCGAUAGUCUUAAGAUGUGGGAUAUGUUGGACGCUCUUCAAGGCAAGACUUUGUCCAUCGAACCGCCGCCAAUUAAGAUGACCAAGCUUCAACUUCGAAAAUUGACCUUUGAUAGCGCGUAUAAAAUGAAACGAAAGAUUGCGAUGAAGAAGGAAAUAUUCCUCAGCCAGGUUCGCAAGAACAGAGUGAUGUACAGUCGGACGAUGUGGAACACGAUGGAGUACGGCAAAUUCCCUUCGAAGUCGUUCAAGCAAGCGUAUUUCACGUACAUGGCCAGCAAAGAAUCCGACGGACACGUAUUUAAACCGUGGCAAUGUUCCGAAGUGAACGAAAUGUUUUAA